CCGUAGCUGAGUUUCAGCCCGCUGCCUCUCGGUCGGAUUCGGGCAGCCGGAAUCGUGCGGAUUGAGCUCUUUUCUAGGAGCAUGGCGGCUGCGGCAGCAGCUUCCACCCACCACGGCGGCGCCGAGAGAAGGCGCCACCGGUGUGGCGGCAGCGGGGACGCGGAUCGGGAGCGGCUGGACGAUGACGGAGUUCGGACCCUCACCUCGGCGGAGCAGACGAAAGUGGAGGAUAUUGUUCAAGAAGUUUUUGAUGUUUACAAGAGAAAUCAUCAUGACACUCAGUAUGUUUUGCAACGAGAGAAACAUUUCCACUACUUGAAGAGAGGACUGAGACAAUUGACAGAUGCCUAUGAGUGUCUGGACGCCAGCCGCCCAUGGCUGUGCUAUUGGAUUCUGCACAGUCUGGAACUCUUGGGGGAACCAAUCCCAGAUUCGGUGGCAUCGGACGUAUGCCAAUUCCUGAGCCACUGUCAGAGCCCAAACGGAGGCUUUGGAGGAGGACCAGGCCAACACCCACAUCUCGCUCCAACGUAUGCAGCUGUGAAUGCUCUCUGCAUUAUUGGCACUGAAGAGGCAUACGGUGUUAUCAACAGAGAGAAGCUUCUUGAAUACCUGUAUUCCCUGAAGCAGCCUGAUGGCUCCUUCAUCAUGCACAUAGGGGGAGAAGUUGAUGUCCGGAGUGCCUAUUGUGCUGCAGCAGUAGCUUUCCUUACCAACAUUAUUACACAGUCUCUCUUUGAAAGAACAGCAGAAUGGAUCGCAAGAUGUCAGAACUGGGAGGGUGGGAUCGGUGGCGUCCCUGGCAUGGAAGCCCAUGGAGGAUAUACAUUCUGUGGAUUGGCAGCACUGGUUAUUCUGAAAAAUGAACAUGUUUUGAAUUUGAAAAGUUUAUUGCACUGGGUUACAAGCCGUCAGAUGCGUUUUGAAGGAGGGUUUCAGGGUCGUUGUAACAAGCUGGUGGAUGGCUGCUACUCAUUCUGGCAGGCUGGUUUACUGCCUCUCCUACAUCGAGCUUUGCACGCCAAAGGUGACCCUGCUCUCAGUAUGACACACUGGAUGUUUGACCAACAAGCCCUUCAAGAGUACAUCUUGUUAUGUUGCCAGUGUCCUGCAGGAGGUCUUUUGGACAAACCAGGAAAGUCUCGAGAUUUUUACCACACAUGCUACUGCCUGAGUGGGCUGUCGAUAGCACAGCAUUUUGGCAGCGGAGACCUUUUACAUGAAGUUGUGCUAGGAGUCCCAGAGAACCGCCUGCAGCCAACACAUCCUGUCUACAACAUCUCCCCUGGCAAAGUGAUGCAAGCUGUGAUGCACUUCCUGAAAAAGCCAGUUCCAAGUAGAGAAGAGACUUUUGCUAACUGAGCUUUUCUGCUGCCCUUAGAGACACUGUGUAGUGGAUUGUCCCGGUGUUGAGCGUGUGACACUGCAUAUCUUCUUGGCUGAAAUGGGACUGAGUCAUGAAGCUAACACCCCUGGGCUCUACUUUUGUGCGUGUGUCUUUUGAGAGAGCUCUGCUAGCCAUACCAAAAAUUUUCAGUACUGAAUAGCUGAUUAGCUGUGUGAUGGUGUAUGGUUGGUCAUGCUGGGUGCUCACUUAUGCAGGAAGCCCACUCAUUAAGGAGCAGCUUUGUUUUUGAAACAAUGCAGCAUGUUACUAUCGUACGCAUCUGGCAUCUGGCAAAGCAGCUCUGUUGUUUCAUUUGCACUAUGCUAGGCAUCAUGGGGGUGGGGUGGGGGGGUACAGCUUCGUAAUCAGCUGCGUGCUGGCUUGGCCAGAGAUGGUACUUUGAUCUCCUCCUCUUGCAGGCAGUCUCUUAUGGGCCGUUUACACUCUCUGAGGAAUUCUAAAUACUUCUAGCCAGGAGAUGAGAUUCCCAGCUGAUAAAAUGAAGGAUGUUAACAAUCAGAUGUAUCAGGAGAAAGAAAACCAAGCUAGACGAAGAAGAGAAGAGUGUGCUGAUCCACACUAUAUAGUUUUGUAUCACAUGUUGGAGCACACUGGGGGAAUACAGUUUUGAACAUUGGUACUGAAAGGUCUCUUUCUGCCUUGAGCAAAAAGAGGCAGAUAGUAAUACUUCGUGCAAGACUUUAUUUCCCUUGCAAAUUGCUUGUCUAGGGAUGGGAUUGAUGAUGUAAUGUUUAUGCAUUUUAUAAAAUAUAUAAAUAUAUAUACUAAUUCCUUUCUUAUUACUUGUACAGUUGUGACUGUUAAUAAAAUUCUUCACAGUAA